AUGAGGGAAAGUGCAUUGGCUACUGAAGGCUCGCCUUGGAUCAUUGGGGGAGACUUCAACACCAUUCUUUCGACGGGCGAUAGAGUUGGUAGUGACACUAACCGACAAGCUGAAAUGGUGGACUUUGCGGAGGCUAUUGAAGAUUGCAGAGUUCUUGAUCCGGGGUUCGAUGGCUCGGAAUUUACAUGGGCCAAGAAUGGCCUUUUCGAGAGGCUCGAUAGAGUGUUAGUGAAUGAACCUUGGGCACAAUGCUUUGAAGCGACUAGAGUAACAAACUUACCUUGGGUUUCAUCGGACCAUGGCCCCGUGUUGGUCCGGUGCAGAACCCCACGUACCCACACUGAGGGCAGGCCGUUCCGUUUUCAAAAUAUGUGGGUUAGGCACGAUGGUUUUGCUGAUUUGGUUCGGGGUGACUGGAGCCAACCGACCGAGGCUGGAGGACUUCUCAAUCUUCAGAUUAAGCUUGGCCGAGUUAAGAAAACCCUUAAGGAGUGGAAUAAGGCUGUCUUCGGGAACAUUCAUGACAACAUUAGGGAAAUGGAGGAAAAAAUCGCGAUGGCCCAAGCAGAAUUUGAGGAGAGGCCUUCCCCGGAUAACAGGGCAGAAGUUAACCGUAGCAUUGCCAUGUAUAUCCGUCUUCUCAAGAUGGAGGAGGACUUCUAG